GUGCUUGGAACAUGCAAUGAAGGAAUCCUGAUGCUUUUGCUCUAAAACCAUGUGUAGCAUUCUUGUUCUCGUCAGACUACUAGGACACAAUGAGAGGGAUUUAUGUCAUCUUGCUGUUCGUCAUUCUUGUCUGCUACACCUCGACUAAGAAGGUGCGUUGGUGCACAGUGUCCGAUCCUGAGCAGAGGAAGUGUGCGGAGAUGACCAAAUCCUUGCUGGCUGUGCUGCCUCCGGCCGCUAUAGCCGCUUUUGCCAGACUCUCUUGCAUCCGUGCGUCCAGCACCACUGACUGCAUCAACAAAGUCAGGGCCAAUCGUGCAGAUAUAGUGACACUAGACGCAGGAGAAGUUUACUCUGCGAUAAAGCAAUUCGGCCUCCAAGCUGUUGCCAAGGAGAUAUACAGGGAUGGAGAUUGUGUUCUGUCUGUGGCUGUGGUGAGAAACAGGAGCUUGGAUAUAAGGUUCCUGCGAGGUCUCAGGAGUUGUCACAGUGGACUCCGAUGGACGGCCGGAUGGAGUCUUCCACUUGGCUUCCUGCUAUCCCGGAACUACAUGAGCUGGUCGAAGGAGAGGCCGCUUGCACAGGACGUCAGCAGCUUUUUCAAUGCCAGCUGUGUUCCUGGAUCUGCUGCCAUGGCGCCACAUCUGUGUGCGUUGUGCCAAGGCCAGAAGUCUUACAUACGCCAAAAGAACUACCACUGUGAGACGUCCCACGGCGAACCGUUCUACAACAGCCAAGGUGCCCUCAGAUGUCUGAAAAGCGGUGCAGGGGAUGUUGCAUUUGUGGACCACUUGGCACUUGAAAGUAUUGGGAGCGGCGAAACGGACACAUUGAGAUUACUGUGCACAGACGGCACACAAGCUCCUCUCAGCCGCUACAACACAUGUCAUCUGGGACGUGGCCCGGGUGCUGGCGUGGUUACACGAUACAGCUUUCGCAACGUGGCUCGCAAAUUUCUCCUCAUGCUCCAGAUGUUGUUUGGCCGUCAAGGACGACAGAGACACCUCUUCCAACUCUUUGACUCAUCACCUUUUGGGGGAAGUGACCUUCUUUUCAAAGACGCCACAUCCAAAGUGGCUGUUCUACCCGACGGCGUGGACGUCAGUCAAGUGUUGGGACAGGAUUAUGUUGCACUGCUCAAAGGUCUUGGACAUGAAGGGAGCUCCCUGGACGACAGUGUUGUGCGAUGGUGCUGCAUCAGCCACACAGAGGAGAAAAAAUGUGAGCAGUGGGCGUUGAGUAUAGAGGCAGCCCCGCUGGUGUGUGUGAGAGCGGCGUCCAUGCGGGAGUGUGUGGAGAAGAUUAAGAGGGACGAGGUGGAUGCUGUCUCUCUUGAUGCAACACACGUAUUCUUUGCAGAAAAAUGUGGCCUCGUCCCAGUAGUAACAGAAUAUUACGGUAGAGAAUAUAACGGAUCCACCCACCUAGAGAGAGAUGGUAGGACUAAAGUGUUGCCGCCGGUGGUGGGCGUGGCACUGUCAAAGCGGUCCAGCAGAAGCAUCACCAUGGGGAAUCUUGGAGGUCGUCGCUCCUGUCACGGCCACAUGUACAGCCCCGCAGGAUGGUUGCUGCCGCACGCGCACAUGCUCAGCCGGGCGGGCAACGGCAGCAGCGCCACCUGCGGUCCACACCAAGUGUACAGCCACGUGUUUUGGAAAGGGUGUCUUCCUGGCUCGCAGGGUAAUCUGUGUAAAGUGUGUAUUGGAGGCACCGGGGAAGCUGCAAGCAAGCGCUGCGCUGACAACCACAAUGAGCGUUACUAUGGCAACAUGGGAGCUUUGAGGUGUCUGGUUGGAGAUCCCAGUGGCAAAAGCUACGGAGAUGUGGCUUUUCUUGAGCAUCACAACCUUCAAGAUAAUAUUCUCAGUUUGACUUCCUCCGGUUGGGCGCAAGGGUGGACGUCAUCAGACUUUGAGUUGCUGUGUGCAGACGGUCGCCGGGCCUCACUGUCCGAAUGGGAGAGCUGCAAUCUGGGAGUGAUUCCACCUAACACCAUUGUGACACGGCCGGUGCUCACAGCACGAGUUCAAUGCUUCCUCAUGAAGUCCCAAGAAACAUUGGCACCCAACACAAACUCUCACUUCAAGCUCUUUGAGUCUCAUCUUUACGGAGAAAGUGAUCUACUGUUCAAAGAUGCGACUCGUAGUUUUGUCCACACAAGCCACAUGGACUACCGCUCCAUCCUGGGAGAGGAGUUUUACAACCGUGUGGAGGCUGCCUUCAACUGCACCCAAUCUGCAGACAUCUUGAAGCUCUGCAGUCAGGACAUGUGCAGCACAGUCUAA